UUUCCAUUUUUCCUGCAAACGAUGUGCAACGGGAGCUGCGUUGCAUUUGAUUGCUUUCCUAAGCAGUGUUCACUGCUCCCUACUCCCUAAGCACAGAUAUCUGUUGAAGUGGACUCUGCUGACAAAAACGCUCAAUUGUAAUGCCCUGCAACAUCAUCAAAGAACGGCAACAGCACGGUUGUGGAGAUUAUAAUAUAAAUAAAUAUUUUAACUUUACUGUUAAAUUGAAAAGAAAUAUAGGGGAGAGUGGGGUGGUUUGUGCCAGGGGGGAAAUAGUUCCACCCCUUGUUUCUGGAAAACCAUAGAAGAAAUUGGUCAUGUGCCAACAUAAUUUUGAAAAGCCAUCCAUUUUACUCAGCCUGCAAAGAAGAGAGACACAUGGCAUGACAGGUAAGCACAUUUUAGCUAAAAAAAACGUUUUUUUCCCUUUUAAAGUAAAAUUUCUAUGAUCAAGGUUUUUUGAUUGUAGUGUCUGAACAAUUAUAGACAAGUUUGAAAAACAUUUCACACAUGUUUAGUGCUUUAGCAGGCUACACAAUGAGUAUAUACAGUUAGCAUGAUGUUAGCUCUUGACUGCUGGAACAUGCUAGUUUUUCAAACUUGUGGGUGUGGGGUGAUUUGUGCCAAAGGGCCUGGGUUAAGUUGUGCCAGUGGCACAACUCACCCCCACUUAUGAUUAUUGUCAACAUAUUAUUAAUUUGUAAUUGUACAUUGUACUCUUACAUUUUAGCACUUAAACUAUGUGAUAUUCUGAAUUUUUGACCAAAAAACAUCAUGCCACGCACUUAUAAACGGAAGACAUACAGGGCUUCAACUCCUCCUGUGGAAUUGAGAAGUGGGAUGUUAAGUAGUAGGCCAGAUCCAGACCUCCUAGACGUCCAUACCUUAUCAGUGUUUGAUUUACUUGCUAUUUGUUUAAUUUAUCUAACACUGAUUUCAGUUUUGAGUUUGCACUAUGUUAUUGGGUUGCGGUUUCCGGUUCCUGAUUGCAUCGCUGCCGGCGGCUAGUUUGUAUCCUCUGACACUUGCUUCACCUCACAUUUGUUCUUGGUCUUAUUAUUAGUGUAUUUUACUAUCGUUACAUAUCACUGUCGUUGCCGAAUUAUUUAUAACUUUAUAUUUUAAACCUAUAUUCAUUGAAACGUAACGCCGCUAGCAUAUUAGCGUGUUAGCUUGCCUUCUGUUUACAUUGUGGAAUAUCAUCUCCCCCUAUUUGUCUUGUGUGCUAACUGUUUCUCUUUUUAAGUGUAUAUACUAAGACUCAUCAAGCAACCUUGGUAAGUUAGGAUUGCACUUCAUACCCGGUGAGUUAUGGCUUCUAUUCCUAUUGUUGUUACUUGCACCUCAUGUCAUAUGUUUAGUUUAGCCUUCUCUGUCAGCGGCGAGGGUUUUACAUGUGAUAAAUGCAGGGAAGUAGUUAGGCUGACGGAGAAGAUUUUAGAAUUAGAGUCUCGCAUCCAAUCUUUAUUUGAGAAUAGUAAGAGUGUAAGAACCGUAGAAAACACUUCGGAUGCGAGCAAUGUUAGCGCACACAGCUCGGUUCCGGUUGAAAAUCCCCUGCAGCUGGGAAACUUUGUGACGGUGAGACGGCAUAGUCGCAGGACAAAACAUCACUCAACCGUUCCGAUUAAAGUCUCGAACAGGUUUGCCCCGCUCAGUGACGCACCGACUGAGAAACCUGCUGAAAGUGCCCUAGUGAUCGGUGAUUCUAUUGUCCGGAACGUUAACAUAGAGACACCAGCCACAAUAGUCAAAUGUUUACCGGGAGCCAGAGCGCCUGACAUCAAGUCAAACUUAAAUGUGCUGGCUAAGGCUAAUCGUAAAUACAGUAAGAUUGUUAUUCAUGUCGGCACAAAUGAUGUUAGACUCCGUCAAUCGGAGAUCACUAAAGAUAAUAUUAAAGAGGUGUGUGAGCUCGCAAAAACGAUGUCAGACACUGUAAUAUUCUCUGGCCCCCUUACUGCUUACCGUGGUGAUGAGAUUUAUAGCAGAUUAUCAUCACUAAAUGGCUGGUUGUCUGAGUGGUGCCUGCAGAAUAAUAUAGAUUUUAUAAAUAACUGGAAGAGUUUUGAGGGCAGACCUGACCUGUUGAAACGAGAUGGUCUCCAUCCCUCCUGGGAUGGGGUUUCCCUCCUCUCUAGAAAUUUGGCACACAGUCUUAAUAAUGCUAAAGUCUGACUACCUAGGGCCCAGGUCAGGAAGGAGACAGAAUGGCUUAACCAACUGUCUGCUUGCCGUCUCGCGUUACAGAAUACACAAAAUAUACAACAUGUAAUAAUCCCUUCUUACAAACAACAUAAAAUAGAGACUGUGUCUGUCCCCCGGAUUAGCAAACAUAAGAUAUUGCGUAAACCUCUUGAAAGUAAUUUAAUAAACGUUAAACAAAUCAAACAUGAACAAAAUACAGAUAAUCAGCUGUUACGACUCGGAUUGCUUAAUAUUAGAUCUCUCUCAAAUAAAGCACUUUUUGUUAACGAUUUGAUAAUCGAUCAUAAAAUAGACAUGCUUUGUUUGACAGAAACAUGGCUAAAGCCAGAUGAUUUUAUUACUCUAAAUGAAUCCGUUCCCCAUGAUUAUUACUAUAAACACGAGCCUCGUCUAAAAGGUAGAGGGGGAGGUGUCGCUGCACUUUACAAGAAUUCUUUUAUUACCUCUCAGAAGUCUAAUUUUAAGUACAGUUCUUUCGAAGUCAUGGUACUUCACGUAUCGACACCUAAUACUAAGGACAAAACAUUUUUAAAAUUUAUUCUAGCUAUUGUAUAUAGGCCUCCAGGGCACCACACAGAUUUUAUUAAAGAUUUUGGUGGGUUCUUAUCAGAACUAGUACUGGCCGCAGAUAGAGUCCUUGUCGUCGGUGACUUUAAUAUCCAUGUAGACAAUGAUACAGAUGCCUUGGGACUGGCUUUCAAAGACACUCUUAACUCCAUGGGCGUUAGUCAACAUGUGUCAGGACCCACUCACCUUCGUAAUCAUACUUUAGAUUUAAUACUUUCUUAUGGUAUAAAUGUGGACGAUGUUAAAAUCGUUCAGCAGAGUGAAGAUAUUUCGGAUCAUUAUCUGAUAUUAUGUUUGCUUCAAUGGCCUACGGCUGCAAAUCAAACUCCUUGUUACAAAUAUGGUAGAACGAUUACUUCAACUACCAAAGAUGCGUUUCUCGAUAAUCUGCCUGAAUUGUCUAAAAUAUCCAGCAUGAGUAAUAACGUUGACGAUUUUGACACUACUAUUGAACAUUUUAACUCUACUUUCUCGGAAAUAUUAGACACAGUUGCUCCUCUGCGUUUAAAGAAAAUUAAAAAUAGCAGCCCAACACCGUGGUAUAAUGAACACACUCAGACUCUAAAAAAAGCAUCCCGUAAAAUGGAGCGCAACUUUAAGAAAACGAAUUUAGAGGUAUUUCGUAUAGCAUGGAAGGAUAGUACUUGAAAUUACAGGAAUGCAAUAAAAACGUCUAGAUCCGCCUACUUUUCAACACUAAUAGAGGAAAACCAUCACAACCCUAGGUUCUUAUUUAACACCGUGGCUAAAUUAACAAAAAAUAAGUCGUCAUCGACGUCAGAUUCUGAUUAUCAGCAUAACAGUGAUGAAUUUAUGAACUACUUCACAAGUAAAAUCCAAGAUAUAAGAGAAAAAAUUAUAACAAUGCAACCUGUAGUGAAAUCCGCUGAACAAACUAACUACAGCACCCCUAAGGAGAAAUUGCAAUUAUUUUCUACAGUAGAUCACGAUGAACUGUCUAAAAUCAUUAAAUCAUCUAAAUCAUCAACAUGCAUGCUAGACCCUAUACCUACAAAACUACUGAAAGAAAUGCUCCCCGAAAUUAUAGAUCCUUUUCAUAGUAUUAUUAACUCAUCUCUGACAUUAGGACAUGUGCCUAAAGCAUUUAAGGUGGCUGUUAUAAGGCCUCUUUUAAAAAAACCCAAACUCGACCCCAAAGAACUAGGGAAUUACAGGCCUAUAUCGAAUUUACCUUUUAUAUCUAAAGUUCUGGAAAAAGUAGUUUCAACUCAAUUAUGCUCCUUCCUCCAAAGGAAUGACAUUAAUGAUGAAUUCCAGUCUGGAUUUCGAGCAUGUCACAGUACAGAGACUGCUUUGAUCAGAGUUACAAAUGAUCUGCUUUUAGCGUCUGACCGUGGCUGUAUUUCGUUAUUGGUGCUGCUAGACCUCAGUGCUGCAUUUGACACCAUUGACCACAGCAUACUUCUACAUAGACUCGAAAAUUACGUCGGCAUUAACGGAAUAGCAUUGAAAUGGUUUAAGUCUUAUUUAUAGCAAUAAAUUUUGUAGCAAUAAACAAUGAGGUGUCCCGCAAAUCACAAGUCCAGUACGGUGUACCACAGGGCUCAGUCUUGGGACCCCUGCUCUUCGCAUUAUACAUGCUACCUCUAGGAGAUAUAAUAAAGCGACACGGAAUUAGCUUUCACUGUUAUGCUGAUGAUACUCAACUUUAUAUUUCCUCGAUGCCUCAUGAAACCCAGCAGUUUCAUCGAAUAAAGGAUUGCAUAGUUGACUUAAAAAUGUGGAUGAGUAACAAUUUUUUACUACUAAACUCGGACAAAACAGAAGUGUUACUUACUGGACCGAAAACUGCUAUGCGUAACAACCAAGAAUACUGCUUAACGAUUGACGGUUGCUCCAUAAAAUCCUCGUCAUCAGCUAAGAAUCUUGGCGUUGUAUUUGACAGUACUCUCUCAUUUGAAAGCCAUGUCGCAAACACCUGUAAAAUUGCAUUUUUCCAUCUUAAGAAUAUAUCUAAAUUACGUCAUAUGCUGUCACUGUCAGAUGCAGAGAAAUUAAUUCAUGCAUUCAUGACAUCAAGACUAGAUUACUGUAAUGCACUUCUAGGUGGUUGCCCUGCGGGCCUAUUACAAAAACUGCAACUGGUUCAAAACGCGGCAGCUCGAGUUCUUACACGUACAAAAAAGUAUGAGCAUAUAACCCCGGUUCUGUCAACCUUGCACUGGUUACCUAUAAAGCAUCGCAUUAACUUUAAGAUCUUGCUUAUUACCUAUAAAGCCCUACAUGGUCUAGCGCCGCAGUAUUUGAAUGAACUUCUAUUGUAUUACAGACCACCACGUACAUUACGCUCUAAGGGGUCCUGUCAGUUGGUAAUACCUAGAAUUUCAAAAUCAAGUGCAGGUGGUAGAUCCUUUUUUUAUCUAGCGCCUAAACUUUGGAAUAUUCUUCCCUGCACGGUCCGGGAGGCAGACACACUCUGUCAGUUUAAAUCUAGACUAAAGACUCAUCUUUUUAAUCUUGCAUACACUACACCACCAUAAUAUUAAUCCUCAGAGGAUUUAGGCUGCAUUAUUUAGAUCAACCGGAACCAGGAACACAUCCAACAACAAAUGAUGUACUUGUUGCAUCAAAGAGUGCAGAACAGUACUCUACUCUCAGCCAGUCUUGUCUCUUUGUUCCAAGGUUACCGCAGGAUGCAGUUCAUGCCCAGACCUGAUGGCAGAGCUGAGAAUGGGAAGCGGUGACCUGACAAGUGCUAAGAGGAUAGAGCUGGAUAAAGGACGCGACAACUUUGUUUUUUUCUACAACAUUUCAAAUGCUAUUAGAUUGUUAAUGAUAAUCUUUAAUUUUUAUAUUUUUAUUAAGCCUUGUUGUGCAAGCACUGAUGAGCUUGUGCAGAGGCAGCAGCUUUUGCCAGAGGGGAACUGGAAUCCCCUGGUUGGGCCUGGGUUCCCCUGAGGUUUUUUUUCUCGAUGGGAGUUUUGGGUUCCUCACCACCGUUUGCAUAUUGUUUUGCACUAUCUGCCUGGCCGGGGGGGCUGCUUUAGAAUUCAUACUUGUAUUAAAUGUGUCUCAUGUACAGCUGCUUUGUAACAAUGAAAAUUGUAAAAAGCGCUAUAUAAAUAAAGUUGAGUUGAGUUGAGUUGAGAAUUAAAGAGAAGUUUUAUUCAGUUUUUAAGUGGCAAUGGGAUGUUUAGAAAAUAGUCGCUUUAUUCUCAUUUUACAUAAUUGACAAACAGCGUUCCAUGUAUGUCAACAGGCAUCUAUUGCCAAAGCCUUUUUGCCUGAUAUGAUUCACAAAUAUAACAUAUUGUGUAUUAAAUUUUUUUGUGUUUUCUCAAAAACUACAAAAUAUGACCUUUUCCAACAGUUUAAUAGUGUGACGAUAUCUAAAUAAACCUUAAAUGAGUAA